AUGGGCUUCACAACAGGCUUUCUCGGCGGUGCGACACUAACCUACUCCCUUCUCUACUUCUCUCUAUACGUCCACCGCGCCAACCGCAAUGUCCAACGCACACUCCUGUCCCAGCAAGCUACGCUGCUCAAUUCCGUCGUUGAACCCGCACCUCCGUUGCCCGAUCCCCCAGCGUACGAGGUCCGCCGAGCCGGACUAUUAGAAGAGCUCAAGGAUCGGUGGAACAGAGAGGUGGAGAGAUUGGUCAAGAAUGUGGAGGAGACGGACUGGUCGGGCGUGAGGGAAGAAGUCGAAGAGAAGGUGGGGAACGUCUGGACGAGAAUCAGACAGUCGCAGACGGGCAAGGAGGUGGAAGAUAAGGUGAAGGAGGUGGUAGAUGCUGGCAAGGAGAAGGUGGACGAGAUGGUGAGUGCUGGGAAGCAGACAGUCAAGGAGGAGACGGCACAGGAACCGACAAGGCUGUUGGAGUUGAAAUAA